UGUGUCUUCUAUCGUUCAAAGUUGAGAAAAUCAAUCUGGUUAUGGUGAGUGUAUCUUUAUUUCAUGUGAUUUCACAGAGUGUGUCAAAGAAAGCAUGGAGUCCUUAUUUUACAAAGGAAUACGAUCCUUUGAUGGCAGGCAGUAUCGAUGGUACGGAUACAGAGCCCCAUGAUAAGGCAAUCGCCAGAGCAAUGGAGUCUCAUUAUGAACCUCCUCAUGGACUGAAAUCAAAGCCAGACAGGACCCUGUUUGUAUCAAGAUUUGGUCCCAGGAUAAGCAAAGAUGAUUUGAUUGAGUUUUUCUCACAGUAUGGGGAUGUCGUUUCUGCCACUGUAAUAUACGACGUUGUCACUGGAGCUUCACAAUGUUAUGGCUUUGUGGAAAUGAAGUACGAGGAUGAUGCUUGGAAGAUAGCUAGGAGAAUGAAUGACUUGACUUUGAUGAGUCACAAACUUUUUGUCGAUUUUGAAGUUGGACGAACAAUGAAGGGGUGGAAGCCAAGAAGGCUUGGUGGUGGUUUUGGUGGCAAGAAAGAGUCUGGACAACUGAGGUUUGGUGGAAAAGAGCGACCUUUUAAAAAACCUUACUUACUGGGUGUACCGGACAAAUAUAAGAAACCAUUUUCUUCACUCAAGCCAAAAGUAGAAUGAUUGAUUCAACAAACAGCGCGUCUUAAUCUUUCAAAUUAAUAAAAUUACUAUUUUUUACCGUUCAAACAGCCACUUUAAGGAAUUCAUUUAUUUAUUUUUAAAUAUACAUUC